GAACGACUCAUUUUCAAAUAUGUCAAUUACAUUUAUUUAAUGAUAUAGGAAGAAGGGAAUAUUCGCAUCUCUAUAUAAUAAGCAUGAAAAAAUGCACUACACUCUUCAAACUAAAACAUACACAGCUUUGCCAAUCCAAAUUUUAUAUGUAUCAAGAACCUCGAUUUCGAAUAUUGUUUGCUUGGAAAUCAUGGCGGAAUGUUAAAUUCGUGAACUUGUACCUUGAUAUACGCUAAGAAUCAACCUGUAAAGAUGCACUAAUUACAGUAAAAAUUGAGUUGAAUCAUGGUAAGAAUAACAGAAUUACUCGUUCGAAAACGUUCAGAGCACAACGAGGGAGAGAUAUACUCUUUGGAAGAAUUAUCUCUCCAUCAGCAAGACAUAGAGAAGAUCGAAAAUUUGGACAAGUGGUGUCGUGAAUUGAAAAUUUUGUAUCUUCAAAGUAACCUCAUACCAAAGAUUGAAAAUGUUGGGAGACUAAAAAAACUUGAGUAUCUUAAUCUUGCAUUAAAUAAUGUCGAACGAGUGGAAAAUUUGGAAGGAUGCGAAUCACUUCAAAAACUAGAUCUAACAGUGAAUUUUGUAGGAGAGUUGACAAGUAUCGAGUGCCUGGUCGAUUUGCCGCAUUUCCGUGAACUAUUCCUAACGGGCAAUCCUUGCACAAACUAUGAUGGUUAUAGAGACUAUGUUAUAGCUACACUGAAGAAUUUGCAACAACUCGAUGGGCAAGGAAUUGAAAAAUCUGAGAGAAUCAAGGCAAUCCAAGAAUAUAGUGAAAUAAGAAAUAAAAUAAUAAGACAGCAGAAUGAGUAUAUGAAAAAGAGAGAAAAAGAAAGGGAAGAGGAAUUGAAAAAGCAAGAGGGCAAGAAUAAAGUAAAACAAGAGCAUAAGCCAGGGUUUGAUGGAAGAUGGUACACGGAUAUCAACAAUACAUUGGAUGUAAAUGCUGAGACACAAAUUAAUGAAACCAUAAAUGAUUCUCCAAAGAAUGAUGAGAAAAACAGAGAAGAGUUAGAGAAAGAGUUCUGGGAGGAAAAGGUACCUUUCACACCAGAAUCAAGGAUGCAGGUUCAUGAACACCUCCAAGAGCUGAAAAAGCGUGAUGAAAAGAAAGAUGAAAGCAAACAGACCAAGCAACCAAGAAGACUCAUGACAGACAAUGGACAAAUGCUAAAUGUAAACGAAGCAAAAAUUGACUUCUCACUCACUGAUGAUGAAGAGAACAAUCAGUACGUUCUAGAUGUAAGCACGUACAAAUACUUAGACACCUCCCUACUUGAUGUUGAUGUUCAGCCAACUUAUGUAAGGGUUACAAUCAAGGGUAAGGUUCUACAACUUGUUCUUGAAGAGGAAGUUAAAGCUGACUCCAGUAAGGCACGGCGCUCUCAAACCACUGGACAUCUUUUGAUAUCAAUGCCUAAAGCUAAACAUCUUAUACAGGCAAGGAAAGUGUCCCCACCUAAACAAACCUUCAACAGUGAACCAAAGCAUGAUGGGCACAAAGAUAACAAAAUGAAAACUGUGGAGCUAUUGGAAGUGGCACCAAAUGGAAAUCAAGAGAUGGAUUUUGGAAACAUUGUUAAGGAAAAGACUGAUGUAGUUAAGGCUCCCUUUGAAAGUAAAGUUUUCCAGAAACCAGUUGAAAGGCCGAACAGCGAGGACUUUGUAGAUGACCCAGAUGUUCCACCAUUAUUAUGAUUAAUUUGGAAUUUUUUUGAUUGUUAUCAUGAAAAAUGUAGGGGUUCAGUUUUAGCAUUUAACAAAAUGAUGUCAGUGAAAUGACCAGUCAUCUGUAGUGUAUAAAAUUUUGCUUUUGUAGGUAAUGGUGCAAUUGGCCCUUGAUAACAUCUGACAGUUGGAUGGAUAAAAUGUUGAUAUAGUGCACUUGAUGCUUCAGAGAUCCAAAUUAUUUAAUCUUUAUUUCAGUGGCAUUUUGCACAUCACUGUAGGUUGAAAAUAUUUUUCGUUAUUGCUCAAAUUUUUCUACUUCCUUUGACAAUUUCCUAAUGCAAAGAACUUUCAUAAUUAGAAAUUUACAUUUUACCAUAAUUUGCAUUCCCAGCACUGCUGUUUACCAAGUGAUGGACUUUACGUACCAAAAUAAAAGAAUGCCUGUAGUAGUAUGUUCUGAUAACUGUUUGAACAUAUUUAGUGUAACACCUUAAAAAAAACACUAUAAGCUAUUAGUUAAAUCAAAAAUUUAUUUCAUGCAACCUAGUGAAAUAACCCUAUCCUAUUAUGUAUUCUAAUGCAAGCUUGGGCAGUAUUAACAAAGAGAAAAAAAUAGUUUUAUAGUCUGGCUCAGUCAGAAUUUAUAUAUGUACUAUCUUGUUUGUUCAUAGAAAAUUAAUAAUGUAUGUUUAAAAAGCCUUUUUAUGCACUUGUUUUGGUCAUAAGUCCUGUGUACAUUUAUUACUUUCUUUAAAAUUAAGCAAGUAUGUUGCAUUUAGUUAUACAUUUUGUAAGUGUGGUGGCGGGGUCACUGAAAUUUGGUAUCCAUCACUGAUAUUGCUUGAAACUUUAAGAAAAUAUUUUUACCACUUUCCAAACAUUAAAUUGAAAUAUCUUUUUUUUUUCUAUAAAAUGCAUUAUCACCAAUUAGUUAAGUCUGAAAAAAUAAAACUGACUGCAAACAAUCAACAUUUAAUUGAAGUGCACACACCCUCUCUUUUAUAUAUCUAAAUUUUAAGGUGUUAAUACAUUUUUUGUUUUUCUGUGGAUUUUAUGUAUUUUUGAUUUUACCAAAAUGGUCAUGCAUUUAUCAACAGUAAUUAAAAGAACUUUCAUAUGAAACGAUAG